AUGUUGGCUCAUGAAACUAAAGACAGAUUCGGUGAUCUGCCAGAUUCGGUUGUGUUUCACAUCCUCUCCUAUCUGAAGACCAAAGAGGCCUUUAAAACUUGCAUACUCUCCAAAAGAUGGAACAAUCUCACAAACAAUCUUCCAAUCAUAACUUUAGAUUCUGGAAAGUUCAAAUCUCUGGACAGGUUCGAGAGAGCAUUAUUUCAAAUUCUGUCUGUUCGCAAUGAGUUGGACGACGAUUCAACUUCCGUCCUCCACACUCUAGAUUUGACCCUCACCACCACAUUUGAUUUCUGUGAUGAUUUCCCGCCGUCGACUGACGUAGUCUUCAAACGCGUGGUAAGAGGAGGAAUGUAUCUGGAUGAUUAUAAUCAACCAUUAAAACUCCGCAUAUCUCCACCCAGUCUUUGUAACCUUGCUUUUACCGGUAAUACAAGUCAAAAACUAUGUCUGACCCAUCCUUGUUCUCUUCAACACCUAUACAUUGAUGCUGAAAAUGCUGGCUUUGUUGACUCUCUCGUCCAAGAGGAUUCUGCAGUCCUACUCAGCUCGUUGCAAGGCCUUCCUAAUAUUAGAUCAUUGACAGUCUCUUCUAAUACUCUGCAGGUUUUAUCUCUUGUUCCCUCUUUAUUCAAGGUUAAACUUACUUCCUUCUGUAACUUGGAGUCACUCCAAGUACAAAUGAAACCACUUUCAGGCCAAUUGUACAAUAUUUUGUCUUACGGCAAGUUCAUGAUACGAGGCGUUAACCUCCAUGAAGCUACAAUCAUACCUGAUGGAGUAGUUGACUGUUUGAUUCAAAACUCGCCCUCAGCAAAUGUUACUGUCAUACCAUAUAAUAAGAGAGGAGUCAAACUAUAA